UUUCGGGCAGGGCGCGUUGAGAGAGAGGGUCAGUCGUCCUCAUCCGGUGCAAGCAGAGUCCGCUGCCGCAACCCUGCCAUGUGCGCGGUGCUCAGCCAACCCAAGAGCGUCAAGUUGCGAGCCCUACACAGCGCGUGCAAGUUCGGCGUAGCUGCCCGGAGCUGCCAGGAGCUGCUGCGCAAGGGCUGCGUCCGCUUCCAGCUCCCGGUGCCCGGCUCCCGGCUGUGCCUGUACGAAGAUGGCACAGAGGUGACUGACGACAACUUCCCGGGCCUCCCUAAGGACACCGAGCUCCUCUUGCUCACCGCUGGCCAGACCUGGCAAGGCUGUGAGUGGCAGCAUGAAUGGGUUUCUGUUUGUCUCCUGGUGGUUGCAGAUGUGAGUGACAUCACACGCUUCCUCAGCGUGUUUAAUGAACCGCAUGCUGGGGUCAUCCAGGCUGCACGGCAGCUGCUGUCAGACGAGCAGGCCCCACUGAGGCAGAGGCUGCUGGCCGACCUUCUGCACCAUGUAAGCCAGAACAUCAGUGCGGAGACCCGGGAGCAGGAUCCAGCCUGGUUUGAAGGUUUGGAGUCUCGAUUCAGGAAUAAGUCUGGCUACCUCAGAUACAGCUGCGAGAGCCGGAUCCGGGGCUACCUGAGGGAGGUGAGUGCUUACACUUCCAUGGUGGACACCACAGCCCGAGAAGAGUACAUGCGGGUCCUUAGCGCCAUGUGCCAGAAGCUCAAGGCUGUGCAGUACAAUGGCAGCUAUUUCGACAGAGGUGCAGAGGCCAGCAGCCGCCUCUGUACCGCAGAAGGCUGGUUUUCCUGCCAGGGCCCUUUCGAUCUGGAGAGCUGUCUUUCCAAGCACUCCAUCAACCCCUAUGGCAACAGGGAGAGCCGGAUCCUCUUCAGCACCUGGAACCUGGAUCAUGUGAUAGAGAAGAAGCGCACCGUGGUGCCCACGCUGGCUGAGGCGACCCGGGACGGGAGGGCGGUGGACUGGGAGUACUUCUACAGCCUGCUCUUCACCGCCGAGAACCUGAAGCUGGUGCACAUCGCCUGCCACAAGAAGACCGUACACAAGCUGCAGUGCGACCGCAGCAGGAUCUACCGGCCCCACACAGGAGCCAAGGGCAAGCGGCCUGCUCGGAAGCAGCGCGCUCGGAAGCAGCAUGCUCGGAAGCGCCGGUGACACAUGCCAUGCCGUCUUCAAGGUGGCUGCAGUGCUGAUGGGCUGUGUGUUUUGUCACUCUAGAAGGUUCUAGGAAAGUCUUUAUGAGUCUUUGCAACACAUCUGAUCACAGUACCUUCCUAGUUUGCUUCCGCAGCCUCUGACAGCCCAGUGUGCGGAGGACAGCUGGUGCUG